UGCUUCUCACACUAAACCUCAGUGUGAGGGUCCCUGACUGCGUGCGGCUGAAUCUGACAGGAAGUGCAGGUCAGCUGGGCUCACUUCUCUGCCGAGGUAGAUGGCAUUGGUAUCUUGAUUGCGAUGCAGUGUGGGCUUGAGAAAAGGAGAGUCAGGGAACCUACUCAGCGCUGUGGGGCACUGCAUUUAGAACCUAUCUGUUCCUGGAAACUUUAACUGAGAUAUAUUAUCUCUAGAGAUCAACUUUGCUCCCCAGCCUCUCUGUACAUAGUCAAUCUGGUGUAUUGAAGGAUGGAAGCGGUAGCUUUAUAUUUCUUUCAAGCUUCAGAGAAUGAUGAACUCAGUUUUAAAAAAGGGGAUAUACUUAAGAUCACAAACAUGGAAGAUGACCAGAACUGGUUCAUGGCAGAGCUGAGAGGGUUAAAUGGCUUCAUUCCAAAGAAUUAUAUUAAAGUAAAACCACACCCGUGGUUUGCUGGACGCAUCUCCAGGCAUCUUGCUGAAGAGAGGUUGUCCCGGCAACGAGAAUGCGGUGUGUUCCUGGUUAGGGAGAGUGAGAGCUCCCCAGGGGAAUUCUCUGUGUCCGUCAGUUACGGAGAUCUUGUGCAGCACUUCAAGGUCAUGAACGAUGGGCAAGGCAGCUAUUUUAUCUGGGAAGAAAAGUUCCACUCCCUCAAUGAGCUGGUGGACUAUUAUCGAACUACAUCCAUCGCUAAGGGGAAGACGGUUUUCCUGAGGGAUGAAGAGCGCACGUUUGAGAAGCCAAAGCAGGCCAAGGCUCUUUUCAACUUUGCCCCACAGCACUUCUCAGAGCUGGGUUUCUACAGAGGGGACGUCAUCGAGGUCCUGGACUGCUCCGACCCCAGCCGCUGGAAAGGGAAGUGCCGUGGCAAGGUGGGGGUAUUCCCAUCCAAAUACGUCCAGCCAAUCUACCACUAACCACGUCACACUGGAACUCAAAGCACACUUCCUAGAACCAUGCAGACAAACUUCAGUACUUAAAUCCGUUGUGAAAUGUGCACAAAGCCAUUCCUGAUUCCCAAACCCUACUGAAUUUGACGUGAGAGGUUGAUGAACAUUGGUACCUUCUCUGAGCAGCGGAACAUGCAUCCAUCAACGUUAGAGGAAGCGUGUUGUACUGUGAUACAGCGAGGGUUAUCACAUCUGCUCGGCCUAGAGACUGGGAGAUCUGGGAGACACAGCUACAAUGCAUCAAACUCCUCACCUUUCAAAUAAUGAAUGAAUGUAAUAAACCUUCAUUGUUGUUUUUUUUCCUUAUGUAUAGACACUAAACAGCCCUUUCUGAACCUUAUCCAAAGAUGGUGAGACUAUGUUUUUUCAUUUGUAUUGUAAUGUGGUUUGCAAAUAAGAAUACCCCAAGCUGGGCAAUUGCCAUGGAAGCAUUAUUGCCUUGGAUAUUUUCUAUACCUGGUUUAUUAUGGGAUACACACAAAACGAGAUAUUCUAGAUAUCUUUCAAACAGUUCACUCAUAUUUGUGGUAAACAUUCUGCUGAAACACAGCUAUAUUGAGAAUGACUGAGAAAUCUAAGUUGAUACAAUACUUAGGCAUCCCACUAGCAAUUCUUAGUGUGGCUCUUCACCUGUGAAAAUGAUGAGGAAAAGGAACUGGGGCUCAAUUCAUGUAUAAAAUGGUUUACUCCAGUGCAAAGCAACAAGCCCCUGUGAAUGUUUGGAAAACUAGUAAUAAAGAACUCAAAAUAUUAAAGUCCCUUGCGGGUAUCUAUAUUUCUUCUUGCUAGUUUUGUUUUCUCCUUUUUGAACUUUGCUCUCAAGCAUUCCUGUCUUUUCCCACUUAAACCCUUAACCCUUAACCACCCUUAACCACUGUGUAGGCAAUAAACUAUAAAAUGUACAAAUAA